AUGGCGAGGACACCGGUAUACUUCCUAAGCCAUGGCGGACCAAACAUCAUGUACGAUCAUGAACAUCCGGCAUAUACGAAACUACAAGAAAUUGGUCGGGAGAUCACUGGGAGAGUGAAACCACAGGCUGUUGUAGUGUUUUCCGCUCAUUGGCAGGGCGGAAAGGAUACCAUCUUGGUCAACACAUCAGAGACUACAGAGUUGAUAUAUGAUUUUUACGGCUUCCCACCACAUUAUUAUAAAGAGAAGUAUCCCAACAGGGGGAGCAAGGAGAUCGCGGAGAAGGUGAUCCGUCUUAUCCAGGGCGCGGGCAUGAAGGCUGAAGGGGUUACGCGAGGGCUCGAUCAUGGUGUGUGGGCAAGUUUCAAGUGUGCAUUUGACCCAGAGGAUAACCCUCUGAGUGUCCCUGCUGUGCAGGUCUCUCUAUUUGACGACGAAGACCCUGACGAACACUACAAAUUGGGGCAAGCAAUCUCACAACUGCGGGAUGAGAACAUCCAGAUAAUCGUGUCAGGUAUGGCGGUGCAUAACCUACGUGAUUUCCGCUUUACAUUUGGAGAUCCAAGCCCGCUAGACUACACUGUUAGCUUUGACGAAGCCUUGAAAGAAGCUGUUAUGACCCCUCCCGCAGAGAGACAAAAGGCAAUGGCCGAGUUGCUUCUUCGGCAUGAUGCACGACAAGCUCAUCCGACAUUUGAACACCUGCUGCCCAUUCAUAUUGGCGCGGGGGCUGCUGGAGUAGAUUGCGGAGAGAGGCUGUGGACUUUGAAGGAAGGGAGCAUGAGCUGGGCGCAGUUCCGAUUUGGCGACGCCCCGGCGUAA